AUGACCAUCUUUACUAGUAUCUUCAGUAGCAAACGAACCAAUACAGAUCCGAAACUUUUACCAUGUUUAAUAUUUUCAAAAGAAAAAAACGGAGAUGACGUUGCUUUUCAACUAGCUUGUCAUUUCGGGAAACUGGUUUCAUCAUUUGCAGUCGAAAGUUUGGUUCCAUUGAAACAUGUCUGUCCGUCUGAAUUGAAAGCUGUUGAUAUUGCUGAAUUGGAAAAUAUAACAUUGAUUGAAGCUUGUAAACUAUUUGUAUGCGGAUCAGUGAGUGGUGCCACGUGUGAUUGUAAAUCUCAAUGUGCAACGACACAUUGUCCUUGCAGAAAAGCUAAUGUUAAAUGUUCUACAAAAUGUCAUUCAAAACGAACUGGUGGUUGCAAAAAUAUAGAAUAA